AUGAUGUUCAGACUACAAGCUGACAAACGCGUGGAUCAUAAUGCACCUGACAUCACAGAAGCUAAAAAAGAAAAGAUUUAUUUAAAUGACUUUGUAAUCCCAGGAGAUUCAAGGAGAUACGAAAAUGAAAGCCUUCACAAAAUCCUAAAACAAGUAGAAAAGUCAGUGCCUGCCAUGUUAGAUAGAUGGAAAAUAGAUAUUAAUACUGUUAACAAUAUCGAUGUUAGAGGAGAUCCUAUUCCUUGUACCAUUUUCAAUAAUUAUUUCUCUGUUGGAGUGGAUGCUUCUAUUGCUAUCAAGUUUCAUUUAGAAAGAGAGAAACAUCCUGAAAAGUUUAAUAGCAGGAUGAAGAAUAAAAUGUGGUAUUUUGAAUUUGCAACGUCAGAAACAUUUUUUGCGACGUGCAAAAAUUUACACGAAGAUGUCGACCUUAUGUGCGACGGAGUUUCAUUAGACUUAGGUAAUGGACCUUCUUUGCAAGGGAUUGCUGUUCUAAACAUUCCAAGUAUUUACGGUGGUUCCAAUCUAUGGGGUGACAGUGCGAGUCACAGAAAAAGAUCGAAAUCUAAAAGGAAAAAGAAGGAUAGAAAUAGUUCAAACAACAGAUAUAAUACUGUAGACUUGAGUGCAGCUGUACAAGACAUAGGAGAUAAGCUUAUAGAGGUGAUUGGAUUAGAAAACUGUAUGCAUGUGGGUCAAGUAAAAGCUGGUUUAAGGGCAUCGGGUCGUCGUCUAGCCCAAUGUUCUUCUGUAGUUAUUAGGACGAAAAAAAGAUUUCCAAUGCAAAUAGAUGGUGAGCCAUGGAUGCAGCCUGCUUGCACAAUCCAUAUAACAAACAAUAACCAGAUGCCGAUGCUGAUGGCUCCACCUCCAACAAGAAAAUCGAAAUUUCCUUCUUUCUUUUUCAAAAAAUCUUAGAUGAAUUAUUAUUAUUCAGGAUAUAUACAGCGAUAAGCAAAUGACUCAAAGAAACCGACUUUAUGGAUUCGUCCAAAUAAACAAAAACAUCUUGUACUCAAGCCCAGAAAACAGUACGUGAUCUGAGUGCAUUUGUUCAUUUCUAACAUAUUUGUUCUUUCUUUCUACUUUGCAUAUCAGUUCUGUACAUAGAUUUCGGUGUUCAAUUCAGUUUCACUUCUCGUCAAGCUGAUAGUCAUCUUACACAUCGAAUAAUGCUAGAUAAUUUGGGUGAUAACGUUUAAGCCAUUGAUUAUCCCAUCAAUAUCAAUAAACUGUACAAUAUUUAAAAAUCACUCGUCAUAUAUGAGGAAAUUCAAGAAGUCAAUGAUUACGUCUUUCAUGCGGACCAAGGAACAGAUUUUUAUUUGCUUUCAUAAAGGUGUUCUUUCAAUUGCCAAUUUCAUAGUUUCUCAUAUAUUUGCUCAAACUAUUAUAACUAUUUUUGGUAUUCAUUUCUAGUCAAAAUAUUUUAAUUUGAAAUAUUGCAAAUCAAAAACUAAAAAAAAAUAUUUUUAGCACAUGUAAUUUUUUUUAAAUUUCUUCAAAUUAUAAAAAUGAAUUAUUUGAUCGUUCCUUUAAUAUGUAAUAUUAUCAUCUAAAUACCUCAUCUAUAUUCAUAUACUAUAAUUAAAAAUAAAUAAAGCGUAUAAUUCCUUAUCUUCAAACUAGCAUUAAAAAGCAACUGUAUUAACUUAAGAAUUUUUCCACAAGAAUCUUGGACAGUGCUUUUCUAAAUAAUUCAUAACAGAUCCUUUUCUACUUUCUUUUUAGAAUCACAAAUUUUACUAAUAAACAAAUUAUUAUUGUAGAAUUGCUCUUUAUAUCUGCCCGUUUCAAUUACAAGAUUAUAAAUAUAAAUUAUGAUUUUAAAAUAAUAUAUAUACAUAUAUAUAUAUAUAUAGUCAAAAUUUAGUAUAUUUAGAGAUUUAAGUUUUACAUACUGUACAUAUUAUCUGUGGUGUGUAAAUUGAGCUUUCAAUACAAACGAACAAAUCAACACUGAAAUUGGUGCUAUAGAACAGUAUUAGUUAGUCUCUCCUCAGAAAGUUAACUCCUUUCCAGUCAUUUAUAAUGUCUGAGAAUAUUUUUUCCUGAUUAUAAUAUAAAUAUUUCUUGAAUAAGAUGAAAUUUUUUAAAAAAUAAAUCAUUGAUCCAUUGGCAUUGAUACAGUAGUAAAAAGAAAUUUUUAAAAUUUAUAAAUUUUCUAAGAAAACAAAAUUGAAAAGUUAAUAUUUUAGUUACAGUCUAUAUAGAUUUUAGAAGAUGGAGAUGGAUAGAUAAAAUCUAAAAAUAAAUUUGAACUUGAUCAACUUGUUAUUGAU